GUCGUCACACACCCCAGCAGACGGAUCGUAUGUUCUCUUUGCUUCUUUUUCCAUUCUUCUUUCUCGUUCCCUCGUCUCCUCUCUAUCCGCUUCGUUUCUCCGGCGCGCGCGCUUCCGUCCUCGGCCCGGCGGCUUUUUGUCUGCGCGCUCCCCUGGCGAGUUGCGAAAGAGACUCUCUCUCCCGGACCAGCCGACUGUCUCUCAACGAGAAGAAAAGGCCUUUCUGCAAGAGCUUCUGUCUCGCGUUCUGCGUCGCGACAAGCUGACUACACACAUGCGCAUGCGCCGUUGUCGGCCUCCUUCACCUCACUUCGGGAGUUUUGAGAAGGCCUUUCCUUUCGUCUGGACGUCUCUGUUCAAGCGUCGAUUCGUGUCACCUCGUCCUCUGUGACUUUCUUUCUUCUCCUUCGCCUUCCUCUCCAAAAACCCGCGGCGUCUGCUCGUCCUCCCUUCCUUUUCUGCUUCUGAGCACGGAAACGCCGGUCCCUGCCCAGCGAGACGCAGAAAGAGAAAGGGUGUGCAGAAGCUCGGCGAACAGAACGCCUUUGUCCUCGAAUCAAACGUUGCCACCCUUUGACCAAGAGAAUCAUGGCGCUUCUCGCGGACGACGCAUCUCCUCACACCAAAAAAGGAGAGACCAUCGCCGACGGGCAAUUCAUUCAAAUUAUCGACUACGAUGGAGAUAUCGUAGCAGACGUAGACGCGUGGAUGAAGAAGCAGAAGCUCGCAGACGUAGGCUUCAACUACAACGUCAUCACGAUUCUCGGCUCUCAGUCGAGUGGGAAGAGUUCUCUCAUGAACGCUCUCUUCAAUUGCCAGUUCCAGGUGAUGGACCAUGUCCAUGGACACUCGCAAACGACCAAGGGCGUUUGGCUGGGCCGCGACGGCCUCGGCGCGGGUGCGGCCGCGCCUUGCUUGGUCGUCGACGUCGAGGGAAUCGACAGCCGCGAGCGCGGCGAAGACAGACAGACCUUCGAGUACCGCAGCGCGCUCUUUGCCCUCGCCUUGACGGACUGUCUGUGCGUCAACGUCUGGUAUCACUCGCUCGGCAACUUUACGGCCUCUGGCUACGGCUUGCUGAAAACCGUCAUGGAAGUGAACCUCGACUUGUUUGCGCAGGAGAGAAACACACCUCGGACGCUCCUCCUCUUUGCGGUCCGUGACUGGGCGGAAGUCAUGACCCCACUGGAAAUCGUCAGGGAGAAAAUUGCUCGUGAGUAUGUCGAGCGAAUUUGGAGAGAAAUCAAAAAGCCGCCUGCGUUCGAGAACUCCUCGCCCUACGACUUGUUCGAUUUCGAGGUUUUCGGAUUCGCACACAAAUUCAUGAAUCCCGAGCAGUUUGAGCGCGAUGUGGCGGCGCUGAGAGAGUUGUGGCAGAAGUCGCUGCGGCCGCCAAGCUAUUCCCGGCAUGUCCCCGCCGAUGGAUUCGCACGCUACGCGACUUCUAUUUGGGAGGUGAUUAAGAAGCAGGAGCAGUUGAACAUUCCGAACCAGAAGGAGAUGCUGGCGAUUUACCGCUGCCAAGAAAUCAAGGCGAGUGUUCUGUCGAGCCUCGGGGCCGCAGUCGCGGCGACGAACGCGAUGGUUCAGCGCGGGCAGAUGGACGAGACCGCCUUCUCACAGUGGCUGCGCGACGUCGCCUCCAAGGCCUUGGCGGAGUACCUCGAGCAUGCAUCGAGGUAUCAGAGUGAGGUGUGUCAACGCGUCAAGGCUGACCUUCUCGAAGGAAUUGUGUCAGCCGUCCAGCCUGUGGUGGACUGUCUGCUCAGUCAUGUGCGCGACAGCAUCGCGAACGCAUUUCUGGACAAACUCACAUCUUCUUUCACUGCGGCCGCGGGCGACGCGACGCGCACUCUGGCCGGACGUCCUGUCCUGGAUGCGUGGGCGAACUACAACGACGCCUCCUCCGAGCUUCUGCGAGAUGCGCAGGAGCGGUUCCUGGCUGCAGCCGGAGCCUGCAGCGCAAACCUGGCAGAUGGGUCCCAUCUCUCGUUCGCCACGGACCUCGUGCUCGACGGCAUGACCCGCAUGUUGACGAAGGACGUCGCGUCUGUCAGGGAGAAGCAACAGGCGCAGCUGGUGGCUCUUCUUCAGAAAACGUGUGACGACGAGCUGGUUGGGGUGGCAGACAGUCUCGCCUCCCGAGACUUUACACCUCAGCAAUUCUGGGGAAUCUGUCGCGCGAAGACAGCAGCAGCCGGCGCCGACUGCGUCACUCGGUUCUCCCGAGCCAGCAAGGGUCUCUCUGUCUCUCGCAGAGAGGGGGAGCGAAAGGAUGGAAAUGGAGACGACGGGGACAUGAUGACAGACUUCGAGAUUCAGUGUCGCGUCCUCGCCCUCACGCAACUCCGCAAGCAAAUUGAAAGCAUCGUCGCCAAUCUUCACAUCCUCAUUCUUGACCGCUUUCAGACGUUCUUCAGCUACGACGACGAAGACCAGCCGCGGCAGUGGGAGGCUCUUUCGUCGGAACAGCUUCACAAAAUCUUCGUCCACGCCAAGGAACAGGCUCUAGUUCUUCUUCCGACGUUUGCCUGCAUGCGGUUGCAUCCGUUGUCGGUGGCGACGCCCACCUUGUUUCCUCCGGCUGCGUCGGAAGCGCCGAAGGGGGCUGCUUCUUCGCCUGCUUCGUCGUCGGUGUUCUUCGCGACGUCUCCGCUUUCGGAGGCCGAGAAGGAGGAGUUGUCUGUCCUUCCUCGCAACUUUUUCUCGGAGCUUCUCGACGACUUACACACCCAAGCGAUCCACCAGAAAGCGCUGCGACAGAUGCAGCAGAUGUGCAGAGACGCGCAGCUGCUGCAGCAGGGACGAACGCGAGUUUCAUGGCGCAGCGUUCCGCUGUGGGGAUGGUUGAUUCUCCUCGCUCUCGGAUGGAACGAGCUGACGGCCGUCCUCAGCUUCGUCACAGGCAACUGGAUCUUCUUCCCCGUUUUGCUCCUCGCGCUCGCGGCCGCCGCUGCUGCCCUCCUGACGGGCAAUGCGCAGGUCGCUCUCGCGAGUCUCCAGCACUGCCUCCUGCUCGCGAAGACUGUCGCCGUUCCGCUAGCGAAGCAGGUCCUCGUCGCGGCGCUGAGCGCGGUCGACGGGGCAUCUGCAUCUCCUCCUCGACAGGGACGCGAAGUCUGCGUGAGAGGUCGAAGUCCGCCAAAAGCGUCUGAAGACCUGCAGAGACCCGCAGACUUGCCGCCUCGCAGUGACGCAGAGGGAGGGAAGGCCGCUGUCUCUUUGCAGCCGCGCCAGGCGUCUCCGCAGCAAGACGACGCGACAAAGUGAUGGAGAGACUAAGAGAGAAGCCGACGUUCAAAAUGCAGGACAUCCCCACAGACAGUGACUCAAUUGUAGCGAAGCGGAGCUCUGGAGGGCAGUGGGGUGAGAAGGGGAAGAUGCGUAAAUCUCAAACAAGAACAGAGACCACUGUGAAGAUGUUUCGGUGGAGGCAGUCGACGGAAAGGCCAUCGACAAGUGAAACGCAACAAAAUGUGCAGGUAUGACAGGACGAAGACGAGAAAGGAGAACGCCUGUGGGGAGAGAGUCGGCAAAAUGAGCGAGGGGGAGAAUGAAGAUCUGACUAGGAAGACUGGCCUUUCCUGUGUGAGAAAGCUACGGGAUGAGCAAGGAUCGUUUCAUUCGUCAUGGAUCGAUGGGGGCGUCUUGACUUGGCCGACGUCUCGCAAACGAAAGGAUGCUUUCCGUAUAUCGCGCUCUUCUCCCUGCAUUCCUUCUUCACCCGUUCUUUCCGCACAAGCGGGGAAUGCCCAUGCUGGAUGAAGAGCACCCUGCGUCAUGUUUUGAAGAAACUUCGCAGCUCUGGUGUGAAAAAUGGACUUGUCCGGGCGGGAGUGCCUUUUCGAGAACGUUUUUGUGAAACGGAAAAUCCGUUUUUCUCAUCGCCACCGUUUUUCUCAGCGGAAGCGGAAUCCGCAGUCCAACAUUUCGUCUGUGUUGCCGAGAAUCAGAGCUCAAGACGCAGGAGUCUAACAUGGUCAAAGGCGACUCGUGUGUCUCCUCGUUCUCCUGAAUGUCCAGAGCAGUAGACAGGGAUGGUAAGCUGGAAGAGCGAGACGGCAGGAGAUCCAAGAAGAAUCAACGCUACAUUGCUCGAAACGCGCGAAAAAGAAGACAUAUGGCAGUUCACUUCUGCAUGGGGCGGACGACAGACAUCGCAGCCACAGCGACGACGACGGGGAAGCAGGAGUGAUUGUUGCGAACGAUGAAGGCCUGUCAAUUCUAUACAGCGUGUCAUCGGUGAGGAGGAGCUAUACCGAGAGUCUGGCUCCUCUUUUCUUUCCGUUUGGGUUCGCUUGCUCUGUCCACAGUCUUCUUCUCGCUCUUCCUCGAAUGCCUGUUUCGCUGUCCUGUUGCUCCGGCUUCCAGCCUGACUCUUCUCUCUGCAUGCCGGUUCUUUUGCGUCUGCUGCCCGGCGCGCUCCGAGAGCUCCGCAGUCUCUGACGGCUUAUAUGAAGCGCUUCUGCGAUUCCUUUUCAUCCGUUCACGUAACCGGAAAAUAACGAAACGCUCCCGCCAGGAGAUUCAUGCCUG